AGUUGUUCCUACAAUGCCAUUUGUGUACGAAUUGAUUCGAGUUAUGAAAGAGAACCUCAUUCGACUUAAUGCUAAAGAAUGGGUGUUAGAAAUAAUUGCAGAUCGUUGGGAUAGAACUCUUAAACAUCCUCUUCAUGCAGCAGCAUUCUUUCUUAAUCCAAGAUUUCAAUAUAAACGUGGAGUUGGUACUGAUCCUGAUCUACUUCAAGCUGUUCAUGAAGUCUUUGCGAAAUUAGAUCCUACAUCAGAAGGUCUUAGUCAAUUUGGAAAUGAGAUUAUACUAUUCCGAGAUGCAAAAAGAGGAUUCGGUGAUCGAGCAGCGAUUGCUUCGAGGUCAGAAAUGGUUCCCGAUGAGUAUUAUUUGUGAAAUAAUAAUUCAUUUCAUUAGCAUAUUAUUGUAACUUUCCAAUAUAAGUAUUGAUAUCAUUUAUUUGGUUGUAGCUGAAUGGUGGUUCAUGUAUGGACAUCACGCUCCUACAUUAAGAAGGUUGGCCAUCAAGGUUUUAUCGCAAACUGCAUCAUCUUCAGCUUGUGAGAGAAAUUGGAGCACGUUUGCCUUAAUUCAUACAAAACAAAGAAAUCGGCUUGCUUACCCAAUGCUCCAACAAUUAGUUUUCUGUUAUUAUAACAUGAAACUAAAGAUACGUGACAUGGAAGCAGAACAAGACAAAGUUGCAGAGAAAGAUUACCUCGAUUUACUUGACAUUGCAACUGAGGUUGGUGAAGAAGAAGAUAACCAAUUGUUUCAAUGGGUUAGACCUCUUCAUUUAGAUGAUGAAGAUGGAAAUCCCGACCCACGAAUUGCCGCACAUGUCCGAGAAGCAGGUGUUGAUGUUGAUCGAGUGUUAUCCGAAGAAGUUCAUACUGAUAGUUUCAGCCAAGACACGAGAGAUUCAUUUCAACAAGGAAUUUUUCAGCCGGCAGUCACUUCUCGACCUUCUUUUGACUCCACGAGUGUUGAACAUAGUAGUAGACCUAGUGCUACUGGUACUUCCGCUUCCGGUUAUGAUGGUUCAAGAGGAGAGGGGACCAAUGAUGGUAGCGACCCUGGAAAUGAUGAAGGGGAUGUUAGACAACAACAACAAAGUGGACAACCAUUGGCAUUUACUUGUGAAGAUGAUUUCACACAUUGUACUCAAGAUGAAGACCACGGCUCUAGAAGAGCCAGUCCAGGUGUUGGAGCCAUUGGAAAGCCAUAUAGAGGAAGACAACGAAGGAUGAUGCCAUACAACGAGGACUCAUUGUCGGCCAGUUUUGAGUCGAUGAGUGUAGAGACUCAAUUCAGUGAUUCAUCAAACGAAGCCAACAUUUAUGCCCCUUAUGCAAUGAGUUAUGGUCAGCCUCCUCAAAAUCUUUCAAGUUCCACUGAUGAAGAGUAUGAAAGGUAUAACUAUCCUUCUUCCACACAAAUGCCAUACUACCUUCCACAUCAGCUGCAACAACAAGGAUUUCAAACGAGCACAUGGGAAAACCCUGGAUUUCCUAUCCAUGGACAAGUUAUUGGUAGGACUCAAGAAAUUUAUGCAUGGCAUGUUCGUACAUACAAUCAAUACUAUCGAAACUCCAUGUCCUGGUAUGAAUAUUGUCUUCAACAAGAUGGGCUCCCUUCAUCUAACAAUAACAAUAUGAUGGAACCACAUCGAUCUUCAUUUUGGUAUUAAGGACCAUUGCAAUGUCAUAUGUAUUAUGUUUAUGUGUAAAUUGUUUUCAUUUAAUAAAAUCAAAUAUUUCUUAACUCAAUUCUAACUUUCUAAGUGUACAAUUCCAAAUUUCAUAUUUUUUAUUCUUAAAAUCAAAGUAUCGUAAACUAUUUACCGAUAUUUUUUUCUUUGACCAUAUUUAUGUCAAUUACACUUAUAAAAUAACUUUAACAUGCAUAUUCUUGUUUAUUUUAUCAUUCUUUGGCUUUUUUUAAGCAUUCCCAUCAAUUUUGGAUAAUUUUUGUCUCACCGAUAUUUGAUGAAAAAUAUCCACCGAUAUUUCUCCGAUAUUUCCGAUAUAUCCGUAAAAUCCAAGUACCGAUAUAUCCGUGUUUACCGAUAUUUCAAUCCUUGAUUUUACUUGAUCUUCAUUUUGCACUCCGA